CACCUCACACCCGUUAGGAUAGCUAAUACCAAAAAACCCAGAAAACAAGUGUUGGAGAGGAUGUGAAAAAAUUGGCACCCUGUGCAAUGGUGGUAGGACCAUAAAUGGUGCAGCUGCUGUGGAAAACAAUAUGGUAGUUCUUCAAAAAAUAGAAUUACCACAUGAUCAGUAAUACCACUUUGAGUCUAUAGCCAAAAGAAUUAGAAGCAGGUUCUCAAAGAGGUAUUUAUACAUCUGUGUUCAAAGUAGCAUUAUUUACAAUAGCCAAAAGGUAGAUAAAUGUCCAUCAACAGUGAAUGGAUAAGCAAAAUUUGGUAUUUACGUGCAGUGGAAUAUUAUUCAGCCUUUAAAAGAAAAGAAAUCCUGACAAGUUACAGCAUAGGUGAACUUUGAAGACAGUAUGCUAAGUGAGUAAGGCAGGCACAGAAAGGUAAAUAAAUCUGAUUCUUGAGCAACAUGGGUUAGGUGUGCAAGCUCUUGUGCAGUUAAAAAUGUGAGAAUAACUUGACUCCCCCAAAACUUAACUACGAAAGAGCUUAUGUUGAACAGAGGCUUUAUCCAUAACAUAAACAGUAGAUUAACACUUUUUUUAUAUGUCGUAUGUAUUAUAUACUGUAUUCUCACAGUAUAUAAAUGAGCUAGAGAAAAAUGUUUUUUUUUCAAAUUGUCACAAAGAUUUUCCUGAGUUAUCUGGCUAAAAUCUCUUAGAAGAAAGACAUGGACAGAUAGAUGAUGUGUGUGCACAUAAGAGAAAUGGUUUAUGGUAGAGUCAGCUGGACAGUUUUACAAGCCAGAGACAAAUAGACCCAUGUAGUUCAAACCCAUGUUGUCAAACCUAUGUUGUUCAAGGGCCAAUUGUACUAUCUGAUCUCACUCACAUGAAGUAUCUCAAGUAGUCAAACCCAUAAAGAUAGAAUGGCAGUUGCCGGGAUUUGGGGGGAGGAGAAAUGAGUUGUUAAUAGGUAUAGAGUUUGGAAGAUCUAGGGAAGUUACAGAUAUUGGUUCACAACAAUAUUGAAUAUAUUAAUACUACUGAAAUAUACACUUAAAAGAUGUCAUAUUUAUUUUACUAGAUUAAAAAAAUGGGAAAAAUAAAAUGUCUGAAGAUGGGAUAGAAUAGAAAGUUUCCAGAGAUUCUAAUGGAGGCUCUUACCAUUUUCUAAAGCUUUAUAGGUUAAGUCAGCAAACAAAGAAAACAUGGUAUUUUGAAGUAUGAUUCAACUCCUGAUGCUGCAGCAGAGGCUAAGAAUAUUAAUGGCCAGAUCUAGCACUCACAUGGUCUUCUGAAGAAGCCAUGGGUAGCUGUUGUAGCUGUCCAGAUAAAGACACUGUCCCAGAUAACCACCGGAACAAGUUUAAGGUUAUUAAUGUGGAUGAUGAUGGGAAUGAGUUAGGUUCUGGAAUAAUGGAACUUACAGACACAGAAUUGAUUUUAUACACUCGCAAAUGUGACUCCGUAAAAUGGCACUACCUCUGUCUGCGACGCUAUGGCUAUGAUUCUAAUCUCUUUUCUUUUGAAAGUGGUCGAAGGUGUCAAACUGGACAAGGAAUCUUUGCCUUUAAGUGUGCCCGUGCAGAAGAAUUAUUUAACAUGUUGCAAGAGAUUAUGCAAAAUAAUAGUAUAAAUGUGGUGGAAGAGCCAGUUGUAGAAAGGAAUAAUCACCAGACAGAAAUGGAAGUCCCCAGAACACCUCGAACACCUACAACUCCAGGGUUUGCUGCUCAGAACUUACCUAAUGGAUAUCCCCGAUAUCCCUCAUUUGGAGAUGCUUCGUCCCAUCCUUCAAGCCGACAUCCUUCUGUGGGAAGUGCACGCCUGCCUUCAGUAGGUGAAGAAUCUACACAUCCUUUGCUUGUGGCUGAGGAACAAGUACAUACUUAUGUCAACACUACUGGUGUGCAAGAAGAGCGGAAAAACCACACAAGUGUGCACGUUCCAUUGGAGGUGAGGAUUUCUAAUGCUGAAAACAACACACCAAAAGAAGAACCAAGUGGUGUUGAUGACAGGGACCCUCAGAUUCUUCUUGAACCCGAAGGAGUCAAAUUUGUUUUAGGACCAACCCCUGUUCAAAAGCAAUUAAUGGAAAAAGAGAAAAUGGAGCAACUUGGAAGAGAUCAAGUCAGUGGAAGUGGUGCAAAUAACACAGAAUGGGACACUGGAUAUGACAGUGAUGAACGAAGAGAUGCACCCUCUGUUAACAAACUGGUAUAUGAAAAUAUAAAUGGGUUAUCUAUUCCUAGUGCCUCAGGGGUCAGGAGAGGUCGUCUGACAUCCACCAGUACCUCAGAUACCCAGAAUAUCAACAACUCAGCUCAGAGAAGAACUGCAUUAUUAAACUAUGAAAAUUUACCAUCUUUGCCUCCUGUCUGGGAAGCCCGCAAGCUAAGCAGGGAUGAAGACGACAGUUUAGGACCAAAGACUCCAUCUCUAAAUGGCUACCAUAAUAACCUAGAUCCAAUGCAUAACUAUGUGAAUACAGAGAACGUAACCGUGCCAGCAAGUGCUCACAAGGUGGAAUACUCAAGGCGUCAGGACUGUACACCCACAGUGUUUAACUUUGAUAUCAGACGCCCAAGUUUAGAACACAGGCAGCUCAAUUACAUACAGGUUGACUUGGAAGGCGGCAGUGACUCUGACAACCCGCAGACUCCAAAAACGCCAACCACGCCCCUUCCGCAAACCCCUACCAGGCGCACAGAGCUGUACGCUGUGAUAGACAUCGAGAGGACUGCUGCUAUGUCAAAUCUGCAGAAAGCACUGCCACGAGAUGAUGGUACGUCAAGGAAAACCAGACAUAAUAGUACUGAUCUGCCCAUGUGAGCCUGGAAAGCAUUCCAUUGUUUGCACCUUUGUGAAGUUUUAAAAAUGAAGAUGCAAGUACUUCAUUUUUGUUUCUAAACACUAACUCCUUUUAUAGACUGAUAAAGUUUUUUCUGAGAAUUUCAUGUGCUUCUUUAACUAAAGGGAAUUAAUGUAGAGCAGGUACUCAUUAAAGAACACUAAUUUCAUUAUACACUACUCAUUACUGUGCAGCAGGGCUCCUGGGUUCACGGUGCCUAUUCAGAACUAAAGGUGAGGAGAGUGACAUGCUGGUGACUUUUACCAAUAUUCUGGACUUUUGCAUAUCAUUCAUGUCUAAGUCAUUGUUGGCAUUUAAGACAUUUCAUAAAGCCUCUUGAUAAUGUACAUUGCUAGCAGAUAACUCUAGGCUUUGAAAGUAAUAUUCGUAGAUUCACUAUUGACAGUAUGUGGCCUCCAGCAUGAAACAAAUGAGAAAUCCUUUAUUUCAUUAAUCAUAGGCUUUUUGACUUGAGCCAAAACAUGUGUAAAGGAAAUAGCAGUAUCACACCUCCUUACAUACCAGUCAGUCCCUUUGCCUCCAGCGUUACUAGAAGAGCCAGAGGGCCGUGAAUAUGCUUUGCUGUUGGUGUGCUGAAAGGCAGGAAGGAUGCAAGAGUUUCUGUGUGCUCGUCUUGUGAUGAAGGGCAUGGCCCAGAUACCUAAUUAGAGUGAUAAUAGGCUCAAUAAUCAGUUUCAGGUCACUUUACCCAGAAACAUUUGAAAAUCUGAAUGAUAAUCUCUUGAAAGUUUCUCUCCUAUAGAUUAUUAACAGUAACAUGUUUUUCUGGAGGCAUUUGUGCCAUUAGGUUGCCAUUUACCUUCAGUUUUUUUCCUUUGGUGUUUGGGAUGUCUUAUUUUGUGGCUUAAUGUCUUUCUCAAUGUAAAAUGUUCAAGUUUGUAUAUAGUUUGGAAAUUAGACUGUGUUCAUUGUUGUUUAGUUUGCAUUUUUGUUGAAUUUUGGUAUGGAAGGUUCAUUUGGAACUUACUGUUAUUCUGUAGCAGGGUUGCCCUUGUCCAGUAUUUAUUUAUAUGCUGUUUACUUUUCAAGUUGAUAAAAAGCAUUCUCUCAAUUUUAAGUUUCACUUGUGUCCAUAGGUGAUCUCUUUAGCAGCUGAGAAAAAAAAGGAAGCUCCUUUAACAUGCAAAGUUCCGUAAGGUACUGUGUUUUCUCCGUGGGCACUCUCUCCCCAGCACUUUAGCAGUGAUCCCCUUAGUCGCACAGCUGCAAUUGUACUUUGCCCACUGUAGUGCUCCUCAGCUCUGCUGUCCUUUAACUUACAGCUGGAUCUUCGGUCAUCCCUUGAUUUCAAUGUUAAGAAUGUUAAGAUUGUUUGCCAGCAUAGCAGGUACAGUGGAUGUUUUGUAGCAAUGAGAUUGUGUCAUAAUUUAGGAUUUAAAAUGAAUUGAAGUUAAUAUAAACUGAUGCUUGUCCAUGAUGUCUAACUCUUGGAAAUGUUCCAGUUUUCCAAACACUAGAGAAGAUGAGAAGAUAGAGUAGAAAGAAGGUUAGGUAACCUUUCAAAAUACUUUACUGUUUUCUCUAAGUAUGAGGAAGUUUGAGAUUAUGAUCUGGAUCUACCAGACGUAUUUAAGGUUAAUUUAGCAUGAAAUCAUGUAUCUCCAACCUGUUCAAUAAAUAACCUAGUUAUAGGGCAGUGAGUGAAUUAGCAGAAUGUAGAGUGGGACCAUUAUAAGAAAAAUAAAUUAUUAAAGGUGUCUUUGUCAUUUUCAGUGCCAUUGGUUUAUGUGCAUAGCAGAAUUUCUUUCUAUUUUUUCUGUGAACUUGGUGCUUACUAAAGUGUUCUCUGUUCUCUAAAAAGAGAGCAGUGGUAUAGGUGUGCAGUUUCCAUUUUUAAUGUAUUCCAUUUAUGCUUUGUUCUGAGUAGAUUGCUAAUUGUGCCAAAUUUCUGUGAUGAUAUUGUAAUGUGGAAGAAUUAUGAUGGAACCAGUACACAUGGUUUUCUCCAAAACAAGCAGUCAAGACAGAACAUUAACCUCCAAAUAAUGAAAGCGCUGAUCUAUUCAUUCAUUUUGGAGGUUAGAAGCUCUCUUUUCUUUUUUUUCCCCCUCAUCCUUUUCAUUUUUCCUUUCAGAUUCUGAUUAGUUUUUAUGUUUUUUUAGGUAACCCCAAUAUAAUCAUUGCAGUUUAUGCUUUUAAUACUGUGUGCUUUAAAAAUGAAAAUGGGACCAAUUUGUCUGCUAAGAAUUUGAUUUUAGGGGCUGUAUUAGGAAGAUGUAUACAACUGGUGUUAAUUUCUAGAUGUCUCUGGAAAAUACCUGUGUUCCUGUUUAAUAAAAAUGUAGAACACUACUUGUCCUUUCCAGUAGCCUAGUAAUGGGCAUUAAGCUCUGUCCCAGAAGAAUGUACCUAUCGCUAGGUAUAAUUUAGAAUGAGGUAUUUUAUUGGAAUAUAAUUGUGACCAUAUGUUUCAGAUUUUCUGAGACAGACCUAAUUUUAGAUACACUGUUCUGUUGAUAGACCAUGUGAUACCACUUUUUGGUAUUGGAAAUAUCAUUGUUCAUAGGUUUUUUUCCCCCCAAAUAGAAUCCUCUUUUAUCCACAUAGAUCAUAAUAGCUUUUAUCCCAGACUGGGGUUGGAAACUGAUAUGGGUAUUACCUGUGUUUUUUCUUAGUGUGUUUUAUUUCCCAGUUUUUCCUUUAAAAAUGAAAGGUGCCUUCCCUCCCUCCAGGAAGAUUGGCAAAUAGUUCCUUUUAUUUACUGCUGCUGUGGAGUGAUGAGAUAUGCACUUUACUCUUAAAGACUAAGCAAAAAGCUUUUCACUUCCCAGUAUAUCCAGAAUAGAUCACAUUUGGGACUUAACAAAAUUUGCCAAGCAAUCUUUGUUUUUAUAGAUAUUAAUGUUGACUUUACAGCUCAGUGUUCUAAGUCGAGCUAGUGUUUGUUUAUCACUCCCCUUCCCCUCCCUCCUCCCACCCCUCCCCCGCAAAAAUCUGUGGCACAACAUAUAAAAAUGUACCUCAGUAAUGUUCUAUUAAAAAUGGGACAGGGGCCUUAUGUUUUCAUAAUUUCCCAAUAAUGUGCCACCAUAUUUUUGCCUCAAAGUAAAGGUUUUAACAAGCUAAAAAGUACUUCCCCCUGUACUGUUCCUAACCUAUAAUGCCCAAGUGUUUUGUGCAAUGUGUAGUGUGUGUGUGUAAAUAUAUAUAUGCACAUGUGUUUGAGGGUGUGUAUCUCCUUGAAAUAGACAUACCAUCAGAGACAACAUUCAGAGCUGAUGUAUUGGCAUCUCAUUCAUAUUUCUAAUAUGUGAGGUAUAUGGUACUAAUUACCUUUUCCCUGAUGUUUGCCAAAUUUGAAUAAAGGCAUUGGUACGAAUUUACAGAAUGUGUAGAAAAUGUUAUGACUUGAAAAAUUAACAAAUAUUUUACAACAUACCACAAUAUGCUCUGCCCAAACCAGCAUCCUGUCCUUCCUGUUCUUUACAUCCCUCUUCCCAUCCCUACUUCCUCGUUUUUCUGAGGGGUAUAACGUUCUUUUGUAGCAUCAUUGUAAUUGCAAUUCUGUGACAAUUGGACAAUAAUAGCAUGGAAAUGGACUGGUAUUAAUAGUACAGUAGUCACCGGUGUGCCACAUUUGCAUUAGUAAAUGCAAAAUACACAUUUUAUAAAGGACAAAUUUUGUGUUAUGCUUUUAUUUUCAUUGCAUUGUAUAAUAUUGUAAGAUUAUUGUAUGUCCUAAUUUGCAUUAUAAAUGUUUUUCCUACAUAAAGGCAUAAAUAUAGCAACUUUGUAUAAAGGUAGCUUAUUAGAUUUUUAAUUUUUUCUUUUAUAAAAAAGUAACAGUGGGACUACCAUUGCCAAAUUGUAUAUGAAAUAAUGAAUUUUAUCCCCUACAGUUAAUUUCUUUUAUAAACAUUCCAUAUUUCUCUAAUAAAAGAUGUAAGUGAUACUGUACUAUGCAUAAAUUGUAUUUUAAUGCUGUUUCGUAUCAGCAUUUUAAAUUUCGGUUUGCAUUUUUUAUAUUGGCAAAAUUUACCACUGUUGAUUAAAACCUUGUAUAUGUAACAUUUUUUGCCCUCUGUCCCUUCCUACCCUUUGUUCUCUAUUUCUCCCUAUCAGUGCCAACUUCAUACAUUUUGUAGCAUGGCAAUAAAGUGUAACUUUCACACUGAGGCCUAGUGUGGCUUUUUGGAGGACGUGGAGAUGGGAGGAUUGCCCUCUACUUGUUCUUUGCAUAUGACUUUUUGCCAUACAAACCAUGUCUCCAAGCAUGAGAAGUUAUCUCCUAUAUGAUGUAAACAUGCUUUUAAGGACAAGUGUGAAUGUGCUUUAAAGCUUGAUUUUUGUCAACAAAUAAGAACUAAUUUUUUAUCUUUGGGAAAGUCAGAAUUCUUAAAGUACAAUCAAACCUUUAUUAACUGGAGUACUUAAAGAAUAAGCUAAUAAUUGAAUUUAGUUCAACAAGGGCUAAGCAACACACUCUAAAAAUAUUUAUUGUAGAGUAUAUUGUCCUAAAAAUUAUAUGUAAAAUAUGGUUUAAUCUUAGAUAAUUUUAGAUCUUGCAAUGCCUUACUGUUGUUAUUCUGGCAUAAAUUUCCUUCAUCGAGGUACUCAAGUUGAUACUGGAAGCUGAGCUGACUAUACACUGCCUUUAAGCAUUCAUGAAAACUGCUCUGUUGAAUAAAGUCUGAUUGGAGUUCUUAUGGUUACUUUCCCCUUAUUGCUGAAAGCAGUUUGCAAUAAAACCCCAAUAAAAGUUUGGUUGGAUACCUAUUUAAA